AUGGGCCCGUUGUUGUCCCUGCGCUCCUUGGCGCGUUCGGGCGCUUCCAUUCUGGCUCCGGAUUUCAGUCAUCUUGGCCCCACGGUGCCCUUGCGUAGCUCCGCACAACCUGCGCCUUCCUUCUCGGCGCCGGGCGUGACGCGCAUGGGAUUUUUGGUGCUUAUUCCGGACUUUGCAGCUAUUGGCUCGUCCCCGCCCCUGAGGAGCCUUGCACAAAUAGGCCUGGCCGUGCCUGCGCUGGACCUUCUGCAUUUAGACCUUGUUCCAUUGGCGCGAGCUCCCGCACGCUGCGGCUUGUUUCUGUUUCUCUUUGGCAUGAGCCGCAUGGGCCUUGUGUCCUUGCCAUCAGUGACUGACGGCGUUUACCCAGAUCCCUUGUCGUCAGUGCAAAGCAUGGCCCGCCUGGCACCGGCAGCUUUUGCCUUGGACUUCCUCCGCUCGGGCUCCACUUUGUCCACGAGGAGCUAUGCCUGCUUUGGGUUCUCGGCACCCGCCUUCGGCCUGUCCUGCUUUGGCCCCGUCUCCUCGAUGCCUAUCGUGGACACCGUGACCUUUGGAUCCUCCACGUUUCUGCGCAGCUCCGCCCGCAUGGGGCUGGCUGCCUCGGCCAUCGAUUGCACCCACUUGGGGGUCUUCUUGCCUCCUCGCAGCUCCGCAUGCACGGGCUUCGCUAUGUCGGCACCGGAUCUUCUGCACAUGGAGCCCCCUCCUUCUCCGCGGGACUUCACGCAGCUGGGUCCUACAGUACCAGCCUCUGGCUGCACACGCUCGGGCUUUGUGUCCUCGCUGCCUGUCACCGACGCCACCCACCUGGGGUCCUUGCUUUUGACGAGGAGCCGCGUGCGUCUGGGGCUUGCCAUGCCGGCCCUGGACUUCUUGCACCUCGGCAGCUUGUUGCCGGCGCGGUCCUUCGGCCAAGCGGGUUCCGGACUCAGCCUCUCCGGUGCCUCAAGGCUGGGUUUGCCCUUGCCGCCUUCGGACCUCACAGUACUUGGGCCCUUGCUGCCUCUGCGGUCUCCUGCGCGCAUUGAGCUGAUGGUUCCGUCCUUUGACUGCGCUCAUGUUGGAUUUGCGCCCCCCUCGCAAUCCCUGGCGAGGCUUGGCAGUGCGGCACUGGUCUGUGGCGGCACUUGUUUGGAUGCUCCACCGUCGGCCCUGGACCAUAGCCACUUGGGGCUGUCGAUGUCCAUCAGGUCCUUUGCUUGGCUGGGCUUCGUGCCUUUCGCCUUGGACUACUUGCACACGGGCUCUUUGAUGCCGACUCGAUCACUCGUGCAGGCCGGCUUGUCCUUCCUGGUUUGCGGCAUGGCAUGCCUUGGCUUUAGCCUCUCUGCCCUGGACCUCUUGCACCUUGGCAGCUCCUUGUUGGCAAGGUCUUCUGCCCGCUGUGGCCCUGCCACGUUUGCUCUGGACUUCCUGCAUCCCGGCUCCUCAGUGCCCAUGCAAAGUCUCGUGCGCGCCGGGCCCAGGCCACCUAUCUUUGGCAUGAGCCGCUCUGGCUCUCUCUUCAAUCUCUCGGUCAUGGACUACGUGUUCCUCGGCCCUUCGUCGUCGGCGCGCUCCCUCGUUUGCAUGGGUUCUGUGCCGUUUAUUCUGGACCACCUGCGAUUGGGCCCGUCAAUCCCUCCCCGCACUUCCGCAUGCCUGGGGUUGUUGCUUUUGCCCUGCAGCAGCGCUCGCCCAGACCUGCCCCUGUUGAUUCCGGACCACGUGCAGACGGAUGUGCCUGCGUUCUUACGAGGCACCGCUAGGGUCGGCUCGGCAGCGCCUGCCCUGGACUUUUUGCACCUGGACUUUACGUUGCUUUCGCACCACUCCUCACGAACGGGUUUGUCACCUCCACUGCUGGGCGUGUCGUGUACGGGCCUGCCGAUGCCGCCGCUGGACUGUGUGCAUCUGGGCUCCAGCCCGCUUUUGAGGAGCCUCGCAAGGCCGGACGUCUCCGUGCCAACCCUGGACCCUUUGAUCCUUGGCCCUACCAUGCCCCUACGAAGCGCUUCCUGCUCUGGCUCGCCUGCCUCGGCCUCCGGCUUGGCGCGGCCGGGAUUUGUGUCCUUGCUGUCGGCCAUCGAAUGCGGACACCUGGGCAGCCUGAUGCCUGUACGAUCCAUGGCGCGCACAGGCCCGGCGCUGUUGGCUUUGGACUUUUUGCGGCUUGGGCUCCCUUCGCCGGUGCGCAGCCAUGCUCAAGUUGAUGCAGUGUUUCUGGCCUUCGGCGUCUGUUGCCCUGGCCCAACUCUUUCCGUGCUUGACCAUACCACCUCUGGCUUGCCGUUGUUGAUGCGGUCUCAUGCUCACCUGGGCUCUCCGCUGUUGACCCCUGACUUCCUGACACUUGGCCUUUCCCCGUUGCUCCAAACUUUCUGCCACGCCGGGCCACCUUUGUCGGUCUUCGGCAAGUUCAGCUCCGGCCCAAGCAGCAUCUCGAUCAUGGGCUACGUGCAUUUUGGGCCUCCGCCUUCGCCCCGCAGCCUUGCGUGCUUCGGCCCAGCAGCGCCUGCCUUGGACUUCUUGCAUCCCGGGCCUUUUGCGCCCACCCGCAGCCACACCCGCCCCAGCUCCGCUUUGUCCACUGCAGGUAAGCUGCGCGUUGGCCUCAGCUCAUUGGUGCUGGACUUUGUGCAGCUCGCCUCGCCGCUUUUGCUGCGCUCCAUGUGCCGCCUGGGUUUGGUCAUUCCCGUCCUGGACCUUUUGCGCCUGGGACUGCUGAUGUUUGUGCACAGCACGGCGCGCACCGGGCCCUCCUCCUUGUUGUUGGGGGCGUGCCGCUCGGGCUUCUCGACGUCCUCGCUGGACUCUGUGCAUCUCGAGUCUUUGAUGCCGCCCCGCUCUUCUGCUCGGUUAGGCUUGGGAGCAUCUGUGGCGAAUCUUGCCCGCCUUGGCCUAACCUCGCCUUUGCGGUCACCCGGUCACAUGGGGUUCCACACGUUUGUCCUGGGCAUGGCUUGGCCCGGCUCCUUGCUUUCGGCCUCGGACGUGGCAGAACCGGGCUCCUCGGUCCCUUUGCGGUCUCCCGCCCGGUUUGGAAGCGCAAUUCCAGUCCUCGAUUUCGCUCAAUUGGGCUUUGCGCCUUUUCCCAGGAGCAUGGGUCGCCUCAGUUUGUCGUUGCUGGUGUGUGGCAAGCUUCAGCUGGGGAUUUUGUCGCCCACCCUGGACUUCGUACACGCAGGACUCCCGGUGCUCACCCGCAGCAUGUCUCGGUUAGGCUCUUUGGCAUCAGCCCUGCAGCUUGCGAAGGCCGGACCCUUUUUGCCUUUGCGUUCUUCCGGCCACCCGGGUGUUGCGAUGUUUUUGUUCCAGCUGGCACGGCCUGAUGCCUUGAUUCCAGUGUUGGGCCAUUCCAGUCUGGGCUUCUCCUUGUCUUCGCGAAGCCACGGGCAACUGGGCCUUUCAGCGUCGGCGCCGGACUUCCUUGAACCUGGCAGCCCCCCAUCUCUGCGGCAACACGCGCGCACCUCUUCGGCGUUCCCGGUGAUGGGAAUGCUGCGCGUGGGCCUUUUGAUGCUGCCCCUGGACUGCGUUCUUUUCGGAUUUCCGUCGCUGCUCCACAACCCCUGCCGCUCGGGGCCGGCAGCUCUGGUCCCUGAUCAUGCGCAUGCUGAGCCAAGCCUGCCUGCCAGGAGCUAUGCGCGCCCCGGACUAGCGGCGCCCACUCUGGACUUCCUCCAUUUGGGCCUGCCGAUUUUGCCCAGGUCCCUCAGCCGCAUGGGCCCAUGUCUUUCUGCCCUGGACCUCACCCAAUGCGACUCCUCAACCUCGGCGCAAAACCACGUGCGCACUGGCUUUUUGCCGGCCCUCCUUGGCAUGAUCCGCUUGGGGUCUGUGUCCCCGCCGCCGGUCGUGGAUACGGUGUCGCUGGGCUCGGCCAUUUCGGCACACAGCCUCGCGCGCUGCGGGCCGGCCGUGCCUGUGCUGGACCUUGCCAGUUUCGGCUUUGCGUUGCCCUUGCGAGGCAUGGCGCGCCUGGGAUUGACUGCGUCGGUCUCAAACUGCGCCCAUUCCGAACUGACCUUGUCACCGCGGAAUUCCGCUCGACUGGCCUCACCGGCGCCUGCCAUCGGCGUGGCAAGGCCGGACCUGCCGGCACCGCCUGCGGAUUGCUCGCACUCGGGCUCGUCGUUGCCAUUGCGAUCGCCUGCCUGGGUUGGCCCCCCGACCCCGAUCCCGGACCUCAGCUUUGUGGGACCCACUUCACUUGCGAGAAGCUAUGGCCGCUUUGGCUCGGCGGCAUUUGUGCCUGGCCUGGCCUGGUUGGGGUUGGUGUCCUCACUGUCGGCAGUAGACUUUGUGACCUUGGGCCUCCCCACGUUUAUUCGCAGCUCCGCUGCUCCUGGCCCGGUGCUGUCCGCCCUGAACUACGCCACCCUGGGGUCGCUGACACCCACACGCAGCUCUACAUGUCUUGGGUCACCUGUUUCAGUGCCUAACCAUGCCAGACCUGGGCCCCCGACCUCUUUGCGGCAGCACUCCCACCUUGGCAGCACACCCUCCGUUGCCGGCGGUUCGCGCGCGGGUGCCAUAUCGCUGGCUCCAGACUAUGCGCUCUUUGGCCCCUUGGCGCCCCUCAGGAGUUCUGCGCGCUUGGAAGCGGUGAUGCCUGUGCCAAGCCGUGUGCAUGCGGCCUUGCCCUUGUCUUUGCGGCAACCCCUUUGCGCAGAAGCGCCCCUGUUCGUCUUCGGCUUAAGCCGGCCUGGGCCACUGUCCUCUCUCCCAGUCAUCUCCACUGCGCAUCUCGGCUCCUUGUUGCCGGUGCACUCCCUCAGCCGACCAGAGCCCGCUCUUCCUGCCCCAGACUUCUUAGGCCUGGGUUCAAGCACGUCUCUCAAGAGCCUUUCCCACCCUGGGUCCUUUGUGCCCCUGUUCGGAUUAACGCGCACGGGGUCUGUGUCCACGCCGCCUGCCGUUGAUUUCACCGCACUGGGCCCCUCCUCAUUGGCCAGAUCUUUUGGCUGCGCUGGGUUGCCCUUCCCAGCGCUAGACCAUUCAACUGGAGGUUCAGCUCUCCCGUUGAGAAAGUUCGCGUGUUUGGGCAGCACCUUGCCAGCGUUGGGCAGGGGGCAGUUGGGCUUCAGCCUUCCAGCCAUAGACUUCGCGAGCUGCGGACCUUUGCCGUCCAUCCGGUCCCUCUCACACCCCGGCUCCUGUGUGUCUGCCUUGGGCCUCGCGCAGGUUGACCCUUUGUCGUCCCUGCAAGACAUGACGCGCUGCGGCUUGCCCGCAUCCACCUUUGGCCUCGCCUGCCCCGGCUCCGUCUUCUCUCUGCCCGUGGCGGACGUGUCAACUAUGGGACCUUUGCUGUUGGCGCGCAGCCGUGCCAGGAUUGGCCCCGCACCGCCGGUCCUGAGCUUUGCGCACCUUGGCGCUUCGGUGUUGCCACACUCCCUCGCACGCCUGGGCCCAGUGGCGCUUGCCUCUGACCACUUGCACCCAGGCUCCCCCAUGCUCUUGCGCAAUCCCUUCCACAGUGGCUUGCUCCUGCCCUCACCUGCAAACGCGCGCUUGGAGUCUGCCCUGCUUGCGCUAAGCCUCUGCCAAACUGGCCCUUCGUUAUUGACGCAAGCAUCCGCUAGGCCGGGCACCCCAACGUCAGCAUCAGGCUUCGAGCAAUUAGGUCUCUUGCUGCUGCCCCGCAACCUCGCGCACUCUGGCUCUUCGUUGCCUGUGGCGGGCGGCUUCCGCUUCGGCAGCAUGUCCUCGCUGCCAGUGGCAGAUUUCAUCCACCCCGGCUCAGCUUUGCCUCCGCAAAGCCCUGCCCGCCCAGGAGCAAGUUUGCCUGUGGCGGGCUUUGCCAAGAUCGGCUCCUCCAUGCCCUUGCGAUGUCAUGCCCGGCCUGGCUCCAGCCUGCCGGCCUUUGGCCUGGCGCGAGCUGGCUUCGUUUCCCCUCUCUCGGUGGCCGACACCACCAGGCCCGGACCCUCGCCUUUGCCCCAAAGCUCCGCACACGUUGGGUCCGCAACUCCCGCGCUUGACCAUGCAGCUGCGGAACCAACUGUGCCGUUGCGCUGCUACACACAUCUUGGUCCAGCGCUCCCUGCGCCGGCCGGCACCAGAUCAGAGGCUUUGAUGCCGGUGGCAGAUCUCGCCAAUUCGGGCCUGCUGACUCCGCCCCGCAGUUCCGGAUGCUUGGGCGCGUCUACGUCAGUUCUCGCCUUAACCCACUCUGAGCCAUCUCUGUCACCCCGCAGCUCCAGCUGCCUGGGGCCUGUGGCAUCUGCCUUGGGCUUGAGCCGUACGGGCAGCGUGUCCGCGAUGCCGGUCGCCGAUUGCGUGCACUUGGGCCCCACUUCGCUCUCAAGGAGCCCUGGGCAAUCAGGGUCCACAGCCUCCGCCUCGGCCGCGAUGCGAUCGGGCUCAUCGCUGCUGCCUCGCAGCUUCGGGCGCUUGGACGUUUUCGCGCCAGCCACGGGUCUGGCCAGGUCAGGCUUUGUAUCCUCACUGCCAGCGGUGGAUCUGUCGAAACUUGGCCUUGCCUUGUUCUCGCGCAGCUUCGCGCGCAUGGGCCCUGCUGCUUUGGUGCCGAACAGCGCGCACAUCGGUUCCACGCCCUUAGUCCGGUCCUCUACUCACACGGACCCGUCCGUUUUACUUCUUAGCGCCGCGAGCGUUGGCUUUGCUCUGCCCACGCGCAGCUUCGCCCGAUGUGGGUUUUUGCUGCUGCCCUUUGGCUGCGCACGCCUUGGCUUUGUCUUCUCGCCCUUUGUGGCUGAUACAGCUGCCACGGGACCACCGACGCUGCUGAGGAGCCCCGCGCGCGCUGAGUCGGCUUUGCCGGCCAUGAGCCUCGGAGCUUCGGGGCCCUCGGCGCCUCUGCAUAGCUCCGCGCGGCUGGGGGCUGCGACGUCGGCGGUGGGGCCGGGGGCCCCGGAGAGACGAGGCGCCCGCCUUGGGUCGGUCUCCUCGCCUUUGGUGGUGGAUGCCGCGGUUCUGGGCUUGUCGCUGUUUGCGCGCUCCGGCCUGGCAGUGGCCGGGCUCGCCCAGAUGCGGCAGAUUGGGCUCUGGAAGUCUUGGGACAUGGGAAUCAGUUUCAGAAGCCACUCCCGCUGCGGUCUAACCCCGUUGGCUUCGGACCACGCCAUGCCGGGGCCGGCGACCUUGGCCAGGAGCUCUACGUGCUUUGACUUUGCGGCCUCAGCGUCUAGUUCUGCCGGCUUGGGCUCCUCCCUGUCUCUCCGCAGCUUUUGCCAUCUGGGCCUCUUGGUUUUGACUCUGGGCUUGGUGCAGUUGGGAAGCGUCUUCACACUUUCGGUCAUGGAGUCUCUGCACAUGGGCUUUCCGACGUUUCCCCGCAGCUCUGGGCGCUUGGGGUUUUCACUUUCGGCGCUGGACGCCGGCUGCCUGGGGUCUUCGCCUCUUCUGCGCAGCCUGGCGCGCUCGGAGCCGUCUGCCUCCGCGUCCGGCUGCGCGCGCUUGGGCUUGGUGUCCUCGCUGCCGGUGGCGAGCAGCGCUCUGUCGGGUUCCGCGGCCUUGAUCCGAUCGCUCGCCCAAGUGGGCGCCGCACCCUUGGCUUCCGAUGUGGCGCGCCUGGGAUCUUCGCCCUUGCCCCGCAGCCUCGCCCGGCUGGACUCUUGGCCUUCGGCCUUUGGCGUGUCCAGCUCGGGGGCGUCGGUGCCUGCUCUGGAUGCCAUGAAUGUGGACUUGGCCUCCUCGCUACGUUCCCACGCUCGCUUGGAGCCGUUGAUGCCUGCUUCGGGCUUUGCACACGCUGGGCCUGUUCUGCCGACCAGGAGUUCUGCUCGCCCAGGCUUGCCUCUGCCCGCCUUUGGCCUGUCCCGCCUUGGCAUGCUCUUCGCGCUGCUUGUGGCCGAUGUUACUCACUUGGACUUACCUAUGUCGCUGCACAGUUUCGCUUGAUCUGACAGUGCUGCGCCAAUUUUGG